UUCUAUGAGAGAUUGCUGAGGGGAAUCAGGGCCAAUCCAUGUAUUAUUCUAAUCCCCUCCCCUGUCUGUGUCCUUCCUUCCGCAGCCACCACUCUGUGAACUUAGGAAGAAAAUGUCCAAUCGAACCAUCGUGACUGAGUUUAUUCUCCGGGGAUUCUCUGAUGUCCGGGAGCUGCAGAUUCUGCACUUUGUGCUGUUCCUGGUACUUUACCUUGCAGCUCUGGUGGGGAAUCUUCUCAUCACCAUGUUGAUAGCCCUCAGUCAGCAGCUUCACACCCCCAUGUACUUCUUCCUGGUGAAUCUGUCCAUCCUAGACCUUGGCUCCAUCUCCGUCACAGUCCCCAAGUCCAUGGCCAACUCCCUCCUAGAUACCAAAUCGAUUUCUUACGUGGGAUGCUUCACCCAAGUCUUUCUAUUCAUGCUCUUUGGUUCUGCUGAAGUCAUCAUACUGACCGUCAUGGCCUUCGACCGGUACGUGGCCAUCUGCCACCCGCUGCACUAUGAGCGAGUGAUGAACUGGAGAGCCUGCGUCCACAUGGCUGCCAGCGCCUGGGUCACUAGUUUGCUCUUCUCUGCCUUGCACACCGGGAGCACAUUGGCUAUCUUGUUGUGUGGUGGCCACGUGGUGGAUCAUUUCUUCUGUGACAUCCCCCAGCUGCUCAAGCUGGCCUGCCCUGAUUCUGACCGCAGUGAAAUUGGGGUUAUUGUCUUUAGUGCCUGCUUAAUUGUCAGCUGCUUUGUUUUCAUCAUUGUGUCAUAUGUUCAGAUCUUCAGAGCGGUGCUGAGAAUCCCCUUGGAGCAGGGCCGGCACAAAGCCUUCUCCACCUGCUUCCCCCACCUCACUGUCAUCUCCUUGUUUUUUUCCACCGGUGUCUUUGCCUACCUGAAACCCACCUUCAGGUCUCCAUCCCGCCUGGACCUCGCGUUGGACGUUUUCUAUUCUGUGGUGCCUCCUGUGCUGAACCCCGUCAUCUACAGCAUGAGGAACAAGGAGAUCAAAGCUGCCCUGUGGAAAUUGACUGCACAGAGGUUAUUCAUGGCAAAUACAAUAUCCCUCUUACACCUCUGA